AUGUUCGGCUCCACUGCCUUAGCCACAAACACAGGCGGGAGCUUGUUCGGCUCCACUAGCCAGACCACUGCAGCGACGGGCGGGACUACAGGCCUCUUCGGCAGUGGGGGCCAAGCGACAGGAACGGCACCAGCAAACUCAACAGCAACAAACGCCUCUACAGGAGCCCCUUCAACGGGGGGACUGGGCUUGUUUGGGGGCGCUUCCGUGACCAACCCCAGUACCACGGGAGGGGGCCUCUUUGGAACUGCAGCAACCGCUGGUAACAAGACUUCUGGCGGAGGCUUAUUUGGAAAGCCUGCAGGUACAGGAGUCUCUGGUGGGGGCCUCUUUGGCGGCGGCACCACCAACACAGCCACUGGCACAGGAGGAGGAGGCCUCUUUGGAGGCCUUGCUCCUGCUGCGGGAGCCUCCAGCAGCACUGCUGGGUCAAACCUAGGUGCGGUGGGUGGGGGGAGCCUCUUUGCUGCUGGAGGUGCAGCAGCGCCUGCUGGGGCAACUGGAGGUCUCUUUGGUGCAGCUAAGCCAGCAGCAGCAGCGCCCGCAACCGGGGGUCUCUUUGGCAGCAGCAGUACCACAGGCGGUGGACUUUUUGGCGGCAGCAGCAGCAACAAUACGGGGGGGCUAUUCGGCAGCAGCAACACGGGUACGGGUCUCUUUGGCAGCAGCAGCACCACCAACGCCGGCGCAGGUGGCCUUUUGGGAAGCAGCAGCAGCGUCACCGGCAGCAGUGCCGGCAGCUCAAAGGGAGUCAACAUCAGCAGUGCUGCCUUUGCUAAUGUAGAUUGGCGUGCCGCUGCUUUGCUGCCGAGACAGCCCACUCUAGAGAGUUUGGGGAGAGUGCUGCAGCAGCUGCCCCAGGGGGCCCGAGAGGUGGAGGUACAGCUCAGGGAGCAGGAGAGACAACUAGAAUCCUUGCAAGCUCAAACUCUUGCUUUGAAAAAGUCAUUCGGGUCACUCGAGGGAGGCCUGGCGGCGGAGGCGGCGAGAGUGGCAGCCGCAGGCCAUCGCAUUUCAGUGACGAAACGGCAGACAACUGCAGUGCAGCCUCUUCUAGAGAGGGACAAGAGUUUCUGCUUGCAAGUUGAACAGUUGUACCAGCAACUCAUGCAGAACCUCGCAGUCGCAGCCGCUGGAAUGGGGGCGCAGUCGGCUGACGCGCCUUGUGCACUGCCGCUCCAGAUACCCUGCGCUCUGUCCACACCCUGCAUCCAGCAGCUCUUGCAGUAUGUUGGGGCGGCACGAGAACGACUUUCUCUUCUUGAAGCUCAGCUGCAGGAGCUGCGGUGUGCCCAAGAGGGAGAGCCUGGCGAUGGCGAUGGGGGGCCUCUCGUUGACGGGAAUGGUCAACAAGAGGCCUCACUGGCCUCUGGACGGGGCGCCUCUCCCAGAAGAGCAGAUGGCGUCUUGAUAGCCGAAAUCGUCGCGGCCCAGCGAGACCUCUUACUAAAUGCAUCGAAGAGGGCAUUGGUACUGAUUGAGGCAGUGCAGGAGGCGCAAGAAGCCCUCGAGCAAGCAGGCAUAAAGCUGUUGCCAGCUAGCGAAGAUGAGAAGACAGAAGACAUGCAGCGCAGUCAGGGUGGGACGGCCCCAGGCUCCUUGUUGGGUGGUGCCAGUGCAAUAGGAGACAAAGCACCUCAAAGUGUAGGCGGAGGUCGACUACUUGGAAGUAGUGGUUCUCUUUUCGGAAGCAGCCAGCAGCCAAGCACGAGCGCUGGAGGUGGCCUCCUUGGAUCUGCGGGGGCCCCACAGGGAGGCGCUACGAGUCUUUUUGGGGGUGCCUCGGCAGGCGGGGGAGGGCUUUUCGGCACACAAAAUACGGGUCAGCAACAGCAACAGGGCACCCCUAGCACCGGAGGCCUCUUUGGGACAUCAAGUGGAGGGGGCCUCUUUGGUGCCUCGAACAAUACGGCUGGUACGGGGGGUCAGACCGCAGCAGGAACCACAGCACCAGGCGGGGGCCUCUUUGGGGCCUCCAGCACAGGGGGAGGAGGCCUCUUUGGCUCGGCAGCGCCAGGGGCGCCGUCCACAACAAACACUGCUGCUGGGGGAGGGGGUCUUUUCGGGGCCUCCACAGGCACGCAGGGCGGAGGUGGAGGUCUGUUUGGCAACAUUCAGCAGCAGCAGCAACAACCUUCCACAGGGGGCCUUUUCGGGGCAUCCACAGGGCAGCAGAAUGCGCAAGGUGGGGGCCUUUUCGGUGGCACAUCCACAGGGCAGCAAAAUGCAGGAGGUGGGGGUCUUUUUGGAACCUCUUCGGCGACUCCCGCUGCGGGCACGACAGGGGGCCUCUUUGGCAGCACAACACAGCAGACAACUACUUCAGGAGGGGGUUUAUUCGGAGCCUCCACUAACAGUCAGCAAGGAAAUGCUGGGGGCCUCCUGGGGACAUCCACAAGCACACAAGGCAGUGGCCUUUUUGGGUCCUCUACAGGGACGCAGAAUGCAGGAGGGUUUUUCGCGGCCUCUACUGCCAAUCAGGGGACUGGAGGCCUCUUUGGGGCAAACAAGGGUGCCCAGACUGGCGGGGGUCUCUUUGGCAGCACACAGCAGCCGGCUGCUGGGGGAGGCCUUUUUGGCGCCAAGAAAUGA